AUGAAUUAUUGCACCUCUUGUGCUUAUUAUUAUUCAUUUGAAUUUUUUACAUCAAAAGGAAAAACCUACAAAACAUGCAUAAAUUGUCUAAAUUCUAAAUCAAAAAAAAGAGCAACAGAAAAAAAAUCAAAAUUAGAUAGCGAUUAUAAUGAUGAAACUAUUGUGAAAUUAAUUUUACCACAAGCCCUUAGUGACUAUGUAGCAGAAUUAAUUUUCAAUACAGAAAAAAAUACUGGAAUUUCAUUUAAAAUAUGUAUAGAUUUUAAUGAUAUUUUUUCACAGAAAGAACCUGAUCUUAAAUCCAUAGUAAGAUUAAUUAUAGACAAAAUUGAAGAAGAAUCAAUGAUAAAACUUAACCAUAGUAUUCUUCAUGAAAAGCCAAAUGAUACUACAAUGGUAGAAGAGAUUAAGCAAGAAAUUCGAUCAAAUAUUCAUAUGGAUCCAAUACAAAUUUAA